AUGGCGAGGGAUGCACUCAGUGUCUCAACUACCAAAACUCAGUCGGUCACUCAGUUUCAAGAGAAAGUUUACGCUCUAUUACUUCAAAUCCCCAAAGGUCGUGUGGCCACUUACGGCGCCAUCGCGCGCGUGCUCAACACUUCACCCCGAGCAGUUGGCAACGCUCUACGCAAUAACCCGUUCGCGCCGGAAGUCCCAUGCCAUAGGUGUGUGGGCAGCAGCGGUUUCAUAACGGGAUUUGAUGGUGAGAGCAUUGAUAAAAAGAACUUCAAAAGAUCAAAAGAUGGGCUUGUUCAGGGAGCUGCACACCAGAGCAAGCCUCGCGGGCCAGAGAUGUCACCAGCGCAACCUGCUGGCACAAAGCUUAGUCUAAAGAUACAAAUUCUACAUGACGAGGGAGUCCAAAUCGAUGGCAAGGGUAUGGUUGUGAAUCGGAAGAAGGUACUUUGGGACGGGCCGUGGAACAUAGAUACCAUUCGCGAUGACAUCAAAUCGACGAGCUAA